AUGAAAAAGAAAGAAAUAUUAAUGAUCAGCCAAAGUCUUACCACUAUCGACAUUGAGACACAGACGCCAGAACAACUACAAGAAAAAGGCUCAAAAUAUGAGGAAAGUGAUCCACAAAAAGCCAGAGCUUCUUUUAACCUUAAACGUAAAAGAAAUCUACCACAUAUUAAAAUAGAUUUAAUAAUUACAAUUGGUCUUUAUUAUACAUUUCUGAUAGCAAAUGCUUUAACUUUAUCGACUGUUUCUUCUUCUUUCUUUGAAUUUUUAUUUAAUUUAUUAAUUGGUUCUUUCGCGUUAACUCAAUGGAAAUUUGGUCAAUUGGAUUUAAUUGGAAGAAUUACUGGGUUCACACUUUCUCUACAAAUAUUAAUACUUUUAAGCGUUCUGGGAAUUUUCGCGUAUACAAAAUUCACAAAAAAGCCUAUUCCAAUCUUUAAAUAUCAUCAAAAUCAAGAAGGAGAAAGCGAUGAAGAAAUAAAUGAUGUUACAAUAUAUUAUGGUGGUCCAUUUCAAAUUGUUCAUAUAUUUAAAAGUUAUUUUGUUAAAGGCGAUUUAUUUACAGCUUAUUAUAGUUCCAUCAAAAAUCUUGAUGCUCAAUUAUCUCAAUUUAUAGGAAUAUUAAGUUGUUUUUUAAUUAUAUUAGCUGCACUUUUUAUUGAAAUUCCAAAUGAUACAGAUACAAUAAACAAAACAACUUAUAAAAUUACCAUUACGAUUAUUAUAUUAUUAGCGAUAUUAAAUAUACUUCAAUGGUUAGCAGAUAUGUUUAGAGUUGACAGUGAUGAAAUAAUAUUCUAUGCUUUUAUAAAAAGUAUUUCAAGCUGUCGUGGUGAAAGAAAACCUAGUAAAGUAAUUCCAAGUAGAGAAAUACUUGUUAAAGGACCUAGGAAAGGACCAACACCACCGCCAGAAAUGUCUUCGCGUUUAACUCAACCUCCAGCCACAACCGGUUCAACUACAGUAGUAAAAACAACAACAGGUAUUACUGCUUCGCCUUCACCUUCCCCCCGACUUCGAGCAACAUCAUCUGGAGAAAGGCCAAGACCAAGAUCCGUUAGUCCUUCACGAGAACAUUCUACGGGAAGUCCAUCACGACAAUAUUCUACAGGAAGUCCAUCUUCAAGACCAGUUUCUUCGUUACCUUCUCCAAAUAUUUCUUCUACAUCGUUAACAAGUCAUUCUUCUACUUCAUUGCCUCUGCAACAAAGACAAUAUCAACCUGUUUCAAUUGAUCCUAUCACUUCAUUUAGACCUCUUGAAAGACAGCAACAACAAGAAUUUGGAAGUAGCGGUAGUAUAGAAAGACAAGAAUAUGAAAGUGGCGGAAGUGGAACAGAAAGACCAAAUAUUCCCUCAUUGGAGAGUCAACGUAACUUGGGUCAAUUUGAAAGAACAACGAGUGUUAGAAGAUCGCCAAGUAUUAAAGGUCGUAAGAAAAAAGAAGACAGUGAAGAAAGAGGAAGGCGAGAGUAA